UGAAGCCCGAGUAAUUUUUAAUUAGUUUCUAUUCUGAUCAAGCAUAUCGUGGAAGGAAUAUGAAUUAAUUAAUCUAACAAAUCGAGAGCAAGUUGUUUCCGAACUUUUUGGAAAAAUAUUUAAAAAAAAACUGUAUUCUCAGAACGCUCCUUAGAUCAACCGCCUUCAGAACGAAAUCCCAGACAUGAAUAAUCUUGAAGAAAAAAAUUAGUGGAAUGUCAUCCCACUACUUUCAUGACAAUUGACUAUGACUACAUUUAUAAAUAAAAAGUCAUUAUGUGGGAUAUUAUUUCAUCUCCUACUGCAAAUGCCAUUUUCAGCGGUGUGGUGGAAAUUUUGUUUAGGAUGUACGAUGAUGUGAAUUUUCAAUGGUACUCAGGUUUAAUUCAGGGUAUUUUUGUUGGUACAUGUACUUUUGUUGGAGGAAUAACUUAUGGUCAAGUAGGAAUAAUUAUUGGAGGAAUAAUAGCAGGUCAAAUUAGUACAUACAUUGGAUAUGCGAUCGUAAUUUUAAAGCAAGUUAUACAACAAUUAAAUUUUUCCCUUAUUCAAAAUAUGUGUACAUUGUUAUGGGAAGGAAUUAAAAAAUUGUUAAAUCGGAAUAUACAUUUGGCAGAGCUUUUAGAAAUAUUUAAUCAAUCUUCAGUUCGAUUACAUUUUCUUGAAAUAAUUACUAAUAUCUUGAAAAGUAAUCAUGAUGAUCGUAUUCGUCAAAUUGAAGUAUAAUUGUAUUAUAAAUAU